GCUCUGGCCUCGAUUGCUUUGGUCUGUCGCCGCGCCGUCCCGCCGCACUCCGCCAGGCCGCGUCCCGCUGUCCUGUCCCCGCUGUCCCGUCCCCGCCCGCCCGCGCCCUGCUGUCCCGCUGUCUCACUGUCCCGCUGUCUCCGUGUCGCGGUGUCCCGGCGCCGCCCAUCCGCCGCUCCCGGCUCGGCGCUGGAUACUCCCAUUGCCUCUCGGCGGCCGGGGGCGUUCCCCAGGCAGGCAGACCGGCAGGCCGAGGCGAGGCGCGCCGAACGCAUCGCUCGAGGCUGAGGAGGCGCGAUGGCUCCGCAGCGGCGGGCAUUGCCCCGCGGCCCCGACAGCGCCGGGUCGGGACCGGGACCGGGGCCGAGCCGCGGAGGCCGCCGGCACAGCAGCGCCAGGAAGAGCAGAUUCCAGCAGGAUCCCCGGGGAAGGUGGCUGAAGGCGGCGAUUCUCCUCCUCCUCUCCGCUGCGGCCGGCGGUGCUGGCCUCGUGGUCUGGAGCCGCCUCCGCGCCCAGGAUGCGAUCACCGAGGGUGGAAUCCCUGCAGGUGGGGUCACCGAGGUGCUGGCACAUCGCAGCGACAACCUGCGGGACAAAUUCGUCGAGAUCCCCUGCUCGGAGGACUACGACAGCCACAAACGGUUUGAAGGGUGUACUCCUAGGAAGUGUGGAAGAGGUGUGACUGAUGCUGUAAUCACAAGGGAAGAAGCUGAAAGAAUUCGUAGAAUAGCAGAGAGGGGACUGUCCUUGGGAGGAUCUGAUGGAGGGGCAUCAAUUUUGGACUUGCAUUCCGGAGCUCUUUCCAUGGGGAAGCAUUUUGUUAAUCUGUACAGGUACUUUGGGGACAGAAUUCAAGACAUCUUCACAGAAGAAGAUUUUGCAUUAUACCGGGAUGUSAGACAGAGGAUUCAGCAAAGGAUUGCUCAGGUGUUUGGGAUCAGCUCCUCUGCCAUGUACCUGACCAAGCCAACMUUCUUCUCCAGGAUGAACAGCACAGAAGCCAAGACAACCCAYGAUGAGUACUGGCACCCACACGUUGACAAGGUAACUUAUGGCUCUUUUGACUACACUUCUCUGCUGUAUCUCUCUGACUACAGCGAAGAUUUCGGGGGUGGACGGUUCUUGUUCAUGGAUGCAGAUUCCAACAAGACAGUGGAGCCCCGAGCAGGCCGGGUGUCAUUUUUCACCUCUGGAUCAGAGAACCUCCAUUGGGUGGAAAAGGUUCAGUGGGGCACUCGCUUUGCCAUCACCAUCUCCUUCACCUGCGACCCAGAGCACGGCAUCGGGGACCCUCUGCUGGCCUGAGCCUGGGCAGGGCAUUGGGGACUGGGCUGAGCCCUGGGCACGGCAUCGGGGACCCUCUGCUGUCCUGAGCCCUGGGCCUGGCAUUGGGGACCCUCUGCUGGGCUGAGCCCUGGGCACGGCAUCAGGGACCCUCUGCUGGGCUGAGCCCUGGGCACGGCACUGGGGACCCUCUGCUGGCCUGAGCCCUGGGCCUGGCAUUGGGGACUGGCCUGAGCCCUGGGCCUGGCAUUGGGGACCCUCUGCUGGCCUGAGCCCUGGGCCUGGCAUUGGGGACCCUCUGCUGGGCUGAGCCCUGGGCACGGCAUCAGGGACCCUCUGCUGGGCUGAGCCCUGGGCACGGCACUGGGGACCCUCUGCUGGCCUGAGCCCUGGGCCUGGCAUUGGGGACUGGCCUGAGCCCUGGGCCUGGCAUUGGGGACUGGGCUGAGCCCUGGGCACGGCAUUGGGGACUGGGCUGAGCCCUGGGCACGGCAUCGGGGACCCACACGGCACAGGAGCUCCAGUGGAAGGCGAGAAGAAAGGGAGACACCAUCUCCUGUCACCUCACCUGCGGUUGGAAUUGCCCAGCUGUGCCAACACACUGUCACACACUUUGUUUUCACAUGUCCUCCAUAAACACUGCCAAUGRUGGCUUAAGGACCAUCUUAAAUUUGAUGCAUUCUGAAAAUGGUUUGUCCUCAUGUGCCAAAGGGACAGGCUACAACGAAGAGUGAGCUCUACAGAGAAGAGAAACUGGGCUCUUCAUUUUUUUACAAUUCUUUAAAAAUUCUUCCCGUUUGAAAGAUACAAAUAAUCUUUCUGGCCAUGCCUUGGUGACUCCCCAAGUUGCUGUUACUGUUURAUUCUUUAGUCUCUUCAGUUACUAAUGUGAUGUCGAAAGUCUGACCCAAGUUAACUGAGCAAGGUGAGUGUUAUUCUCUAGAACACACCUUCUGUUGAGAGGAUGGAUUUUCCUGAGCAUGGGGAUCAGUGGGCCAUACACCUUUGGAUUCUGGGACUUACUUGAGCUUUCUUUUAUUUAAUUACUACUGAUUCAAUAUCCAGGGAGUCUCUCAAUAGCUAUUUUUAGACUUCUCUUUCCCAGUUUAAUAUGAAGACUUUUUUCUGUUAAAAAAGUCUGCUCAUCUCCUCUAGGGCCACUGUUCCUGAAUAUUAAAUUGCAGGGACUUCAAGAGGAGCUGUGUGCAUUGCAGUACAGAUAAAGUAACAAACGCAUGCAUAAUCUUGCCAGCUACUGUGGGUUUUUACUGCAAUGAAAGAUUUUUAUGGGUCAGGAAAUUGAUAAAUAAAUGGUAGGAAAAUUUUUUGACUGAUUUUUUUUCUCAAUGAAAUUCUGAAGCAGCCAUGUUGAUCUGGUUUAUUAGUUGGAUGUAUAAUUUCUGUGAAAUACUGAAAAUCUGGGAGUGUGCUUUGAUUUAUUUUUAAAUUUUAUGCAUACAGUUUUGACUCUGUAAUGUACCUUUUUAUGGAAAUAGUAAAUAUUGGAGGGAAUUACAGUGAAGAUCAAUAUAAAGAGGAAUAUGUGAGAGGACACUUGGACUUGGGAUGGCUCUCAUUGGACACACUCUGUAAUUAGUCCUCUGUAAUGUCAUUUCAUUGUUCUCAAMCCUGAAAAGGGCUUCCUUGUCUGUAUUAAAAGGCAGAAUUGUUAAAAUGGUUGGAUGCAAGGAAAUAAUAAAGUCAUCUGGGUUUCAUAUUGAAAUACUUGUCUUAAAGCCUGUUUU